ACACAGACUGUUAGAAACGGCUAACGUCAGUUGAACCCCCGCUCCUUUAAUCGGACUUUAGUUCACAGUUAAAUCAACCAUGAGGCUUCGGACCGACACAGGGCCAGUUUUGGGGCUGUGUGCGGUGACCAGAAGCUCAAACUUUUUGUAACUGAACCAUGGAAACUAAAAGGAAGCGGACAGCAGCGACAACAAAAAAGUCAGUUGACAAACGGCUCCGCAGCCCGGCAGAUAGUAACGGAAGAAUGGACGAUGUGAAAACUGGCCCGAACCGGGACUGAGCCUCCUGCCCGGGUAUCCUCAGGCUACAUGUCACCCUCCUCUCCGUGCCAGAUGCCUCUGCGGGGCGACGGGGGCUACAAGCCGGCACCGGUGUCCCCUGCUCCGCCUGUCCCACCGAGGAGGGUCAGGGGCUCCGGCAGGACGCGGCGGUCCGGGGCAGGGUCAGCGGGAGCCGGAGCAGCGGAGAAGCGGGUGAAGUGUGUGCUGGUGGGGGACGGAGCUGUGGGGAAAACCAGCCUGGUGGUCAGCUACACCACCAACGGGUAUCCCACCGAGUACGUCCCCACCGCGUUUGACAACUUCUCAGCGGUGGUAUCGGUGGACGGGCAGCCAGUCAAACUACAACUCUGUGACACAGCCGGACAG